AUGGCAGCCACCUCAAUUUGGAAGCUUAACACUGAUGGAGCGUGUAAGCGAAACUUGGGUCGUGGUGGAGGUGGUGGAGUCUUUCGUAAUAAUUAUGGCAGGUGGUUACAGGGUUUCUUCAUACGUUUGGGAAUUUGCGCUUCCAUGGAAGCUGAACUUUGUGCCUUAUUGCAUGGUUUUCAUAUUGCCUGGAAUAGUGGUUGUCAAAAAUUAGUGGUUGAGCUAGAUUCACUCACAGUUCUUCGACUUCUCUCCCUAGAUGUGGAAGCUCAUUUGAAGUUGGGUUCAUUGUUGUUGCAGUGCAAGCAAUUCCUUGGUCAUGAUUGGCAGGUCUCUCUUCGGUACUGCUUUCAAGAAGCUAACCAGGUUGCAGAUUGGCUGGCAAAUAAGGCUAUAGAAAAAUAUCUCUCUCCUUUCACUCUCAAAUUAGCCGGUAGUUCGCGAGUUGCUGCUAAUAUUACUACCAACGAGGGUGUCAUCGUUUAUUUCGCCCUUGACAAUGGACCAAAAACACUCGUAAUGGUCAAUGAAGCAGACCUCAAUAAUUUAAACUAUUCAUUGUCCAAUGCAUCUCAACUUCAAAUAUUUGAUAUCUCUAGCAACAAGUUUGUUGGACAAGUUCCCACUGAUCUUCAAAAUCUGAAAAGUCUCUCAUGGUUGAACUUUGAGACAAAUAAUCUUGGAAGUAAUUCAUCAAAUGACUUGGUUUUCUUGACAUCUUUGACAAAUUGCAGUCAUUUAGAAAUGUUAUCUUUUUCCAUGGAUCAUUUUGGAGGUGUUAUACCAAACUCAAUCACCAAUUUGUCAACUAGGCUCAAUUAUUUGUAUUUGGGAGAAAAUGAAAUGACAGGAACUGUUCCUGUAGGGCUGGAGAAUCUUAUCAACUUAAUUGGUUUGGCUAUGGAAGACAACUCUUUCACUGGCGAAAUUCCUAGAACCAUUGGAGAUUGCUUGAACCUAGAGUAUCUUUAUAUGCAGAGAAACUUUUUCCAAGGAACCAUCCCUUCAUCUUUAGCUUCCCUUAGAGGCCUUCGAUAUUUAGAUCUUUCACAAAACAACUUGUCAGGACAAAUUCCGAAAGAUCUGCAAGAAAUCCCUUAUCUCCAAUACUUGAAUCUUUCUUUUAAUAAUCUUAAAGGAAAGGUACCAAAAAGAGGAGUAUUUGCUAAUGUCAGUGCAUUGUCACUGAUUGGGAAUAACAAGCUUUGCGGUGGUGUCCCAGAACUUCGUUUGCCAAAAUGCCCAACUCGAAUCACGAAGAAAGUGAACUCCCAUACUCUUAUGCUAGCAAUUGCAAUUGCUUGUGGGGUUCCAUCUGUGGUUUUGAUUCUGAUGCUUUUUCUUAUUUGCUGGAUGAAAAAGUUAAGAAGCAACUCUUCUUUUGCAUCCUUAGCAAUGAACCACCUUCUAAAUGUAUCAUAUAAAGAUCUUUAUCAGGCAACAAAUGGAUUCUCUUCUUGCAAUUUAAUCGGCUCAGGUUUCUUUAGCUCUGUGUAUAAAGGAUUUCUACCUCAAGUUGAAAGACAAGUAGCUAUUAAGGUACUCAACCUUGAGCAAACGGGUGCUAUUAAGGAGAUUAUUCAUUCAAUGUGGAAUCAUUCAGGGCGGGAUGGAUGGAUGGUACUUAAAAUUGACCUUGAGAAGGCGUAUGUGUUAACAAUUGCAGCAAUGGAGAGCAAGGGAAGAAGAUGA